CACUAAGGCAUAGCCCAAAGAAAGUGAAGUAAGAGAGCAACCUCAAAAGUGGAAGUAAGACUUGUUUCUUUCCUUCUGUUUCUAUUGUUUUCACUUUCUCUCUUACUUGUUUUUCAUCUUCUUCUCUCAUUCCAACCUUUGGCACUAUCAUACACACUCAUGCUCUUACUUCACAUACCUCACCCUCUCUCUCUCUUUUCCUUCAAAACCACAAAUGCUAACACCACCACCACAACCACCAUCAUCAUCAUAGCAUAACAAAAACCUCAAACUACUAAAACUAGCAACCAAAGAUGGCAUUACAAGAACAUGCCAAUGAAUGGCCACCAACAGGUGCACCGUUUGACCUCCACAGAGAUGAACAUUGGACCAACUUCGACAGCUCAGUCAAUGCUGUUUCUUUUGGGUUUGUAGCUACUGCUAUCCUCAUUUCCAUGUUCUUAGUCAUGGCUAUCUUUGAGAGAUUCCUCAGACCCCUUUCUCCUCCCAUGUCACCCUCCACCCGCCAGAGCCACCGUGAUGUUGAGGCUCAGAUUGGUUCCAAUUCCAAUUCCAACACCAAACUCUCUCACCCAUCACCCAAAAUGAGUAUAUAUUCGAGCGAGGUUUCGGUUUUAAUGCCUGGAGAUGUGAUUCCAACAUUCAUUGCUCACCCUGUUCCAUGUUGUCCCGAACGGAUCGCGUGGCCUUCUCAUCAACAUAACACAUUACCUUGUUCGACUUCGAACACGAGGCCUAACUAUAGGCCUAGUAAUAUCAAUGAAGUCUGAGGAGUCUAAAUCAAUGUGACAAAGUUUCCCAUAUUGCUGCAUCAAAGGGGUUGAUAUGCAUUUUUAACUAGAUGAUGAGUUCUUCUUACAUGUAAUAUAGGAUUUAGUUUAGGUUUUGCAAUUGGAGUACAAGAUCAAUUUCUGUGUAAACUUGUUUUCUUUUGAUGAAAGUUUGGAAGGUAUUUCCUUAGUGAUGUAAAUCUCAGUUAUCAAUAGGUAAAUUGUGUCCAUCGACUAGAUAAUCUUGUAUGAGUCUAUGCUAAUUUUUAUAAUAAAUUGAGUUUCAUUUAAA